AAAAAGUAUAUACGAGGAAAUUAAAUGUAGGUAUAUAUAAGGUUAAUGUAAACACUUUAUUUCAUUACAUAAAUUAUUAAUCUUUCAAUUAUUAUAAUUCUUUAAUUUCCACAAAUAUGCGUUUGUUAUAUUUGUCAAGUCUCUUGUUAUCAACACUAGUAUUUCAGAUUUCUUCUGAACCUACUGAACUCGACAAAAUAACAAGCCAAGUACAGGAGUCCUUGGUUCGCCUUGCAGAAAUUCCUUUCUUAAACUUGGAAAAGGAAGAUCCUGUAAGAUUUUUAAGGGAUCAAAUUAAAAUGUUUUCAUAUAAAUUAUCAUCAAAAGCUACCGAGAUAGAGAAAGAACUCAAUAAGGUCUACCAUGAUGAUUCUUUACUGGCGCCAGGAAUGAAAGAAAUUAAGAAUAAAAUAUUAGAAAAUUUAUCGUACUUGACAAAAUCAUAUGACAUGCAAAAUCCAACAAAGGACAUUAUCACAGGUUUAAUAAAUAAAUCUUUUAAUACAUUGCCAAAUAAUAUGCAGACAAAAUUAUUAAGCAUAGGACAAGACAUUAAUACUUCGUUAGAAAAAUUACGAGUUAAAUAUGAUAAUGAAAAUGUGUAAAAAAAAAAAACAAAGACGAUGAUAAGUUCAAGCUCGGAAGUUAUGUCGCACAAAGUUGUAUACUAUAUUUUGAAUGUAUUACAUUUAAAGUUUAAAAAAUAUGCUAUUAAUGGUAUCAGUUAAAAACAAAACUGGCAUGAUAUGCUGUCUAUAAUAUAAUGUACUAUAUAAUACAAUAAUUAUAGAACGAAAUUUUUAAAAAUUUGACAAAUUACAAUUUGAUAAAAUAAACUUGCUAGGUAAAAAUACAACAA